AUAAAUUCAGAUUCUCAUGGCUCAAUUAGAAUUUAUAGAUAAAUUUGUUUGUUUACAAUUCAAAAAUGGUAAGAAGUUAUGUGGAGAGUGUUUUACUAUUGAUCCUGUUACAAAUAGUGUUGUGUUAAUUACUAAAAAAAUUUCAAAUUUAAUGGUUGAAGUUGUACUUUCACAUGAUUUAAUAGAUAUCCAAGUUAUGGAUAUAGAGCAUAUAAAUCGUGCAGAGUAUUUACAAUUCAAAGAAGUUUUUUUAAGAAAACUGUUUCCAGAGCAGCAUUUAUUUACUUCUGAAGAUUUGCUAAAACGUAGAGAUAAACUUUAUCAGUUACUUGAGUUAAAUAGACUGCCUGUUACUGUUCAGGAUAAUGGUAUUCUAUCUGUUGUAAAUGGUAUUGCAUUAAUUGAGCCUCCAUAUACUGUUGAUACAUGCCGUAGCGCCAAUACUAUUGUUUUGGAUCGAGUAAUGAGAAUAGUAGAAACAUGUCAGAAAAGUUAUGAUGAGUAGUUAAUACUUUCCAAUUGACUUUUUAUGAAUUUUUUUUUUUGGUUGAAAUUCCAACUUGCAAUAUAGUAUUUGGUUUUCAGAAAUAUUUAAAGUUUGUAUUAUAAAAUCAAGUGGUAUUUAAA